GAAGCAUUGAUAGUCGUCGUCGCGUCGUCGUCGCGAGGCCUUCGUGUGAGCGAGCGAGAGAGUGUGUGUGUGUAACGCGCAGCGCCGGACACAUUGAUAUACACCUGCUCGUACAUGCAUGCGUGUUUGCACACGUCGUGCCUGCGUCGUCGUGCACGACCCCACCUCAGCGUGUCCCACCGCUGUGACGUCCCACCUCUACCCGCCCCGUGUCCCAUGUCGUACACCUUGAUUUCGUACGUUGCACACCUCUCGGGCUCGCGGGCAUGAGACGCAUCGGAUCGCAGCAGUCAUGAAUUCCGAAGAUACGAUCGAUAGUGCAGCAGCAGCGGCGGCAGCUAAUCCGUCUGGUGUAGCUAUGAAAGCGAAAAAUUGGGUCCAAUUUGAGGAGGAACCGGGUCCAAAGGAAGCUACCGAUGUGGAGAGGAAAAGCAGCGGCACACCGGCUGUAAUACAGCCCGAGUCGGUAACGGUGAAGGUCGACAAGAUCAGCAAAAGUAUUGAGCAAGCUGAUAUUAAUGAUAAGAAAACUAAUGAGUAUAGAGGUGCUGUGAUAGCAACUGAAUCCGUCCAGAUUAAUUUAGAUAGAUCAGGUUUAAGCCGUUCCAUCACGUCCGACACCCCGGACCUGAAAUUACCGUCUGACGCUAGAGCAGCCGAAGCCAAGAGCGCUUCCUUGAAAACUAUCGAUCUAAGGGACACGUCUAAUGGCAGAAGUACAUCAAGCAAUGUUAUCAGUACGUCCAUCGGAAACAUCAGGCAGGGUUUCGCCAAUGGUGAUACCAUUGUUACUCUCUUGCCGGUGAAUACCAGAUGGCCAUGGAUCACCCCAGCCAGAUUUAGACCGGAGUUAGUGCCGGAAGAAUUAAUGGCACAGGGACUAACGCUCACAGUGGAAGACUAUGUCCACAUAAUGGAAUUACUUGUGAAUGAUGUACGUUUUAACAUGUAUAACGUAUGCUACAAGAGGAUUCUCGUUCUCUGGAUAUUCACCGCCUUUGUUGUAUUGCUCGGUCUGCUAUUCUCCGGAGUAACUGGUCUUACUUUGUUCGGACUUGGUGUCAUGUGGCUGGUCCUGAAUGCGGCCGCGAUAUUUGUCUGUAUGUUCAUCAAGAUAAAGCUCAACCACAAUCUCGAGAAGUGUAUGGCUCAAGUUAACAAGCAUUUAUUGAGGCAUAAAAUAUUACUUGGACUAGACGACAGAGGGAAGAUCUCAUGUCACAAAGUCAAUCUGUGUUUUAUAUACUUUGAUACUGCCGACUGUGUUAAAAAGCUACAAGAAAUAAUAGAAAGAGAAGAACGGGAAGGUAGAGUGAUCGGUGGUGGUGACGACGCAAGCGAAUUAAGCCGACAACGAGAAUUACAGCAGCGUAUGGACAUUGAUGACAGUGACAUUGUUAUACAAGGCAGCACUACCACGAGAAUAUCUCGUAAACAGGGUAAGAACGAACAAGUAUUCUGCCGUUAUGUACAACGUUGGGCGAAGGAUUACUUACGUCGACGUUUGGAUUGGACGGUUGACGAGGAGGGUGGAAAUCCUUCUUCACCUCGUCACUUAGCGUCUGCUCUGUGUCCAUGUCAAUAUAUAGAGGAAUGGUUACGUAAUAAGCCGCGCGUUCAGGGCCGGGAUUUUUGUCCUAGAUGGAGUAGCUUUCUGAGAGACAGAGGCAUUUAAAACGAGCAUUGCUCCGAUAUAUAUUUUAAAGAAAAAUUUAUAUAUCUCAAAGAAGAAAUUUAUAUAAAAAUUUAUAUAAAGAAGAGGAAAGUAUACAAAGUUUAUAUAUAGAAGGAGAUACUUGCGGUUACGUAUGUUUACGCACAGAAGUUAUAUAAUUAAUUAAUACUUAUUUUAUUGUUAUUGGCAAUGCACGGGAUCUUCCUUCCAAUUUGCUCUAAAUACAAGACAAUAUAUAGGAUUUUAUAUAUUACAAGAGAGAUAUCGAUAUUUUUAAAUGUGAGACAUUGGACAUGUGAAAAAGCAACUUUUAUCAAAUACCGCUGUCUAAUUUUAUUAAAUUGUAACUUGCGUCAUUUUACGUAUUUUAUAUUUUAUAUUACGUAUUAUUUUACAUAGUUUUAGGAAAUUAAUUGUAAUUUAUAUUUAUGAAAGUGGCCAUCUUUUUUAGAUACAUAUAUAUAGCCAAAUCGCACAAUAUAUGAUAUAGAGGUUUAUGAAAAGUAUAAACUUUAGAUCGAAUCAGGUUUUGUUCCGUUAAAAAAGUUCUAAAAACAUUUUACUCGUUUAAAUUGUGCGUGAAUGUGGUUAAAGCCUUUCAAUACGUUCGUAGGAAAAUUUACGCAGUUACUUUUUUGAUAUCUCGAUCAUUGUUUUCUAUUAUUGUAUCUAUAGCUUCUUGAGAAUAAUGUUUACAACUCUUGUGUCAUUUAUCUCUAUUUAAUGUUUAACUGUUUUAAUGUACUUAAUACUUUGCUUAAGAAUAUUGAAGUAUACGAAUAAUUAUAUAAUAUAUCAUGACAAAUGCUCUCAGUUACAUACAAAGGUGAAAAUUUAUACAAUUUAUACUAUAUCUUUUGUUUAAUUUAUAUAGUAUAAUUUAUACUAUAUUGAUAUAUUAUGCCGAUUUAAAUUUUCCAUGUUACAGACAUGGUAAGCGUGUGCCUUAAAUAUCGUGUUUCUAUCUGAUAAAUAUCUAUCUGACAUACACAGCAAUAAUUUCUGUGUGUUUAAUGCACAAAAACUAUAUCACUCGUUGAAUUUCAACCUUAAUUUUGAUAACAGAGCUUAUUGGUAGUUUUAUAUUUUUAAAUUGCUAUUCGUAUUUGACUGCAUUCCACAUUUAUUGCUAAAAUAAAUUCCAACUUAGCAUUCAGUCUGAAUAUGGUCCUGCUACUUAAUAAUCUAUAAAUAAUCUAAAUAAUACAAUAAUCUUUACUUUGACAAUCUAUUUUAACAUUCCAAUAAAAAAAAAGGAAAGUUAUUUCAAUAUAAGAAUAAUUUCAAUAUAAGAAAGAAAGGAUGGAUAAGAAGCCAAUUACAGAUGUAAUGUGCAUUUAUUUAUAAUAUACUAUAAAUAUGUGCACAUUAGAUCUGCAAUUGGCUCUUAUUACCCUUUACUCUUAUAUUGUUUGAUUUUUUAUAUGAUUAUAUAUGAUAAUUUUAUAUGAUUAUAUAUAAAUAUUUUUUCCCGGCUUAUUAUUUUCUUCGGUAAUAUUUACUUCCGUGUUAUUUAUAUGAUGUUGCAAAAUGAUUGACACAAAUAUAAAAGCUUAUUAACACUCAUUAAAAUUCUUAAAGUCAUGUUUAUAGUUUUCAUAUAUUUUGGAAAACAUUGUUACGUUCUCGUGUACUAGGCAAUUUUCCAGGAUUUUGAUAAUUUAUAUUUAACUAUGAUUUGAAUCACAAAUAUAUUAUGAUGGAAUUGUAUGAAAAAUAUUUAAAAGACAAAUGUACCUCUAAAAUGGUGAACAUAUUUAAUUUUGAUUAACAAUGAAUCUCUCUCUCUCUCUCUCUCUCUCUUUCUCUCUCUCUCUCUCUCUCUCUCUUUCAUGUCUUUUAUAUAUAAAUAUGAUAAAAUUCUUCACGAUAUCUCAUUCAAGUUAUCAUUAAUGGCCAUUAUAAUCGCCAUUGUUACACAAUUUCACUAAAAACCAAUAGAUUAUAGUAUUGUCCAUAGAAUGUCGUUUAGUUUUACAAAUCAUGAAUUAAAUCAUUUUUAACUAACGAAAGUUGUGGGAUAUCUAAAACUCGCUUAUUACCACGACAGUUUAAAAAAGAAAAUAUGCUUAUCACUAUCACACGUCAAGCCCAUGGGAGCUACUGAAUGAUGAUGGUGUGUGUUGACAGGAACGGGCGGAGUUGCUGUUGCUGAGGUAUGCGUCUCGUUGGGCACGUCACUUUGUGCGUCGCAGACUUGAUCUGGUUAUAGACUCACAGGAA